CGAGCUAGUCGAGGUCCUUAUUUGGAUCGCAGAUGCUUGGCGCAUUACGACGCUGACUUGCGUGGCCCCUGCCGAUGCGAAAUGUCUUUCUGCGCGCAUGUCGCCGUCAGCAGCGUCCAACGCGCACCACAUAUCUUUCUGCCCUCGGUGCUUCUUGACCACGCCCGCGUUCUUCUGCUUCUUCGUCCUCGCGCCGACUCGCAUCGCAGGCUCGCCCGACCCGAGCGACUCUGUGCCUGUUCGUGCGGUGAAUCAGGCAGUCUCGUGUGGCGGAGCGUGCGAGGCUUAGUCGUUCUCGCAGACGCAGGCAAAGGCUUGGCGGGACGCGCAAGCAUCCGCAUCUCAUCCCCACUGUCGCCCGAAGACCAGCACACCCAAGUCACCGUACGCCCGUCUCCCUUAUCCCUCCCUCUUCUCGCACUGUUGCCCAACCCACUCCUCAAAAACAAUCCACCCCCGACCUCUGGAUUGCCGUCGCCGCCUUCGUCUUCGCCAUCUGCACAGGCGCUUCGCUUCCUUUGUCAGCAGGGGCUGCACCUGUCUUGGGACGACAGCCUGCUGAGACGCGACCGAUCUCAGCUGUCGAUCACAGAUCUCUUCGAACCUUCCGUCCCCCCCCCCGCUUCUCCAGCAACGCGACUGCGCUGGCGACGCCAGUUCACACCUUCGUGGAUCUCCUCUCCAAGCCAUGGCGAAUCCUGCCAAUCCGGAUCGGGGCGCUUCGUCGUCCCGCAACAUCUUCGACGGUCAGGCCUGUCGGGAGCUCACAAAUCAGUUUCGCCAGAUCCUCAGUACAAAGCGGAUGAAUGCGCUGAGCUCACAGUCGUCCUUGUUACGGACCGGAUCGCAAUCGGCGCGGCAUCGAGACUACAGCUCACCGCUGCCCGCCGAUGACAGAGGCAGCACUCCGACGCGGUCCUCCUCUCUUCGAAAUAUACCGCUCAUCCCACAGCCACCAACAGAUUCGCGAUCAAUAAGGUUUCGCAAUAUGCUGCACACGCUAUCGAGCAUGCCGUGCAAAUGGGAAAACCCCGGCUUAUUGGACGAGGCGUUAAAGCACGUGCCGCUGCAGCAAAUUUACAACGAGGCGGAGGAAGAAAGCCAGAUUAUGGAAGCCGAAGCCCAGAGUCUGGGCCCUGACAAGAAGGCAGCAUGGGGCUAUCAGGACUGCGUGAUUCGUGCGCUCAUGCGGUGGUUUAAGAACUCCUUCUUCUCGUGGGUAAACAACCCACCAUGUCAGCACUGCGGCUAUCCGACCGUCGGCGUCGGAAUGGCUGCGCCAACUCCAGAUGAGCGAGCGGGAGGCGCUAAUCAGGUGGAGCUGUACAAGUGCUCCUUCGAGGCGUGCGGCUCCUUCGAGCGCUUCCCCCGUUAUACCGAUGCGUUUGUUCUUCUCCAGACUCGAAAAGGCCGAGUCGGCGAAUGGGCGAAUUGCUUCGGCAUGCUCUGCCGAGCCAUGGGCGCGAGGGUGCGGUGGAUAUGGAACUCGGAGGACCACGUUUGGCUUGAGAUCUACUCUGUGCACCGCAAACGAUGGGUGUCAGUCGACGUCUGCGAGCAAGCGUGGGACAAACCCUGGCUAUACACGUCGGGCUGGCAGCGAAAGCUUGCAUAUUGCAUCGCCUUCUCGGCGGACGGCUGCAUGGACGUGACGCGACGUUACGUGCGCAACUUUUCCAAAUGGGGAGCUGAGCGAAGUCGCGCGCCGGAGGCGGUCCUGCUUUACAUUCUCGACGAGAUCCGUGCCCUACGACGGAAGGACUUGGCCAAGCAGGAGAAGUUCAAGCUCGAGGGCGAGGACAUGAAGGAGUAUCGCGAGCUACAGGGCUAUGUCGCGGGCGCCAUCGCGCAAGAAAUUUGCAAAAUCAUUCCAGAGCAGUUGUACAAUGCCCAAGCGCAACCGAUCCCUCCCAGGCGGCAAGCACCCAAGCCGGAUGCGGACCAGCAGAAGGCAGAAGAGGCGCGGCAGGAAGCCGAGAGGAAUUUGGCGAACAGAGCGGCACUGAAUGCGGCCAGACGCUCCCCUAACCCGCAUAAUCCGGAGCAACCACCGCAACGAUGAGCAAGGACUCAUCCAUUAGUUGCAUAGAGGUCAACUACCACACUCCUGCCCUCGUGGAUUCUUCCAUCCCGACCGUUCUCCUUUUUUUGUGCACACACACACAGAGGAAGAAGGGAUAUGGCAUGUGCAUGCAUGCAUGCAUACAUUCAGAGCGGGACCAUCAGGCAGCGCGCGACGACCCAGAGGAGGAUGAGACUCACUGGGCAUACAGAAAUCGACCCUGCCGAGCUCGUUGAUUCGAACCGCACACGUCCUCCUUUUCAGGAUAACAACUACCGUCUUCUUUGUCACAAACGGGAUAUUGGGGCUCCUUCAGCACGAGCGAGAGCAUUGUACCAACAGAAUAUCAUUGCAUCCGACGGCGUUUUUCUUUGCUAGCCUUUUCUUGUUGUCCAUUCGAUUUCCAUUCCUCACGCAUGGAACGCUUACUCUCUCCGAGAAGUUUCGUCACAGUACAUUUAGCAGGCAAGCACUGGCGGCACUUAUUCUUCCACUUUUGUUUCUAGUCCUCAAUCCUCUGCUCAUAUACUUUCAGAGGGGCGUUUUUCAUUGCGUGUAUGUUAUUACAUAUCAAGAGAGGGAAACAUUGGGAAUGCUCGACAUAAGAAAAUUCAUAAAGGAUAUGGGUCGACGUUGGGUGAACGACGAGCAUGACGCAAGAUGUUUGCAUACAAGGAAUGAACGAAGUACAGACUAUUUCUCUAC